AUGGACGUAAAGGUAUCUAUAGGAGAGGAGCAACAAGAUCCAGCAAAAGUGUAUGCAGCUGCUAAAAAUCUAGCCGAUGUCAUCAAAGGCGCCAAUGUCGAAGAAAUCAUUUCCGCGAUCGAAACGCUUGCCUGUCAAGCUGAUUCGUCUGCCGUUUUCAAUUUCCGGGGGCUGUCGAGGGGUUCGCUACUCCACAUUGCAGCAGCCACCGGCGAGAGCAACAUCCUGAGGCUCCUGCUUGAUCGUGUCGAUGCCUACCUCAUUGCCGCCCAAGAUGAUUGGGGGAAUACCCCUCUCCACAUCGCCACUAAGGCCAAUGCAUUUGGAGUCGUCGCUAUGCUGAUUCGCCAUGCAAGAGACCUCCCCGACGUGGAUGACAAGAACUGGAUCCUGAGGAUGAAGAACAAUCAUGGAAACACCGCUUUGCACGAGGCCGUGCUUAUACGUAACGUUGACUUGGUAAGCCAUCUGUUGAACGAAAAUUCGGAGCUCGUGUACUUGGCGAACGCGGAUCAGAAAUCUCCCCUGUACCUGGCCAUUGACCCCCGCGACCCCCGCGACCCCCGCGACCCCCAGAUAUUUCAGGUUUUAUUUUCGCCCUCGCUCGACCCAUCAAGAAUAGAAGGCUUGCCGCCCGUUCAUGGUGCCGUUGCACGUAAACAGUAUGGUAUGUACUUAAAUCUACUUAUGGGAAAUAUCUAUAGAUGUGUGGACUGA